GAGUUUGUAUCAUGGCAGCAGAUGAGGAUGGACUUGGACUGUAUGAUAUCCACUACAGAGCUGAAGCUUCCCCCUUCAGGGAAGGAGAUGAGAGCUCAGUGGAUAUUUAUGAUGGCUUGGACAGCAGUCUGUCAGUUUCUGACAAUUUUGCUCCAAAUACUACACCAUCUAGAAGCAGCUUAAAUUUAUUUGAUGAGAUAUUAAUUGAAGAAGGGACUGCAAAGAAAGCUUCCUAUGAAGAGUUGCAGGCAGAAUAUGGAAAGUGUCAACAGCAAAUUAAAGAGUUGAUGAAGAAAUUUAAAGAAAUACAGGCACAGAAUAUCAUUCUACAGAAUGAAAACCAGGCUCUCAAAAAGAAUAUUUCAGCCCUUAUCAAAACAGCAAGAGUGGAAAUUAACCGUAAGGAUGAAGAAAUCAGUCAUCUGCGUCAAAGGCUAUCAGAAUUUCCUAACCAUCGAAGCAUUUUCACCAGGACAUACCUUCCAGGAUCAACUAAAACAAAAGAUUCCAAAUUCAGACCUUCUGAUUUUGGUGACAAUAUGAAAUUGGAGCAAAGAAUGAAAAAUGACUGUUCAAAAGAUGCAUACCACAGUUACUCAUCUCAUAACAUGGACAGUGGGAAGUCUGGCUCUGAAAAAAGGAACACUCCACUUUUGCUGAGGUACCCUCCUGAAGAGCUCUGCAGUGAUGGUACUCACACAUGUGCAUCGAGCUAUGACCACACCUCCAACAAGGAUAACAGAAAGGAAAGAAAAGAAGCUAAAAGUAAUGAACAGCACAGCAAGGGGAAUGUCAGCAAAUACAAAAGAGAAGUACAUCAGAGCACUGGAAAUGAUGGUGACAGUGAGGAGGGGAAUUUGGAUCCUCAACAGAAGCUGAAAACCUUUUCAGAGAAGGCUAGUAAAAAUGAGUUGCAACAAAAAAGUCAGAGCGUGAAACUCAAACGCAGUCCAAGUGUAGAAAGAAGAGUAGAAAGGGGCGUUUCUUCCUGGGAGAAACAGACAGCUGGUAAAGACAGACUUCAAACAAGAGGUGAAUUGUAUGGUGAUGAGCGAUUACAAAAUGUAUUAAAAAAGGACAUUAAAACACAUGAUAAAGGUGAAAAACAUGCUGGCCAAAAAAAUAAACUGAACAAGAAGCUGCAAGAGCAGCCAAGGAGGCCUGGUAGGGGAAGCAGUCCUCACUCCAAGAACGAACAUUCAAAGAAUCUUCAUGAGUCACGUAAAUGUCGUGUGGAAGAGUCUAGAAAAGUAAAGCACAUUGAUUGCAAGAGAGACAGGGGAACAGAUGAUCAUACCUCUCGAGAAGGAAGGACUUCACCUUCUAAUUCCAGCAGCAGAGAGCAUAAACAUGCACGCUUGAAGGAAAGUAGUAGUAGACAUGAAUGGGAAACAGCACAUUCCAAAUCAGAAAGACACAGAACUGAAGAAAAAAGGAAAAGGGAACGAAAGGAUCAGGAUGAAAAUAGACAUUUUAGAAAUGAAAAAAAGGUUGCAAAAGAAUUUUCUCAUCAAUCUGUAAAGGACUCAAAGAAAGGUACACAUGUUACAAAAAGUGAGAGAAACAAAUCCUCUAAGCUAGAAGAAACAUCCAGAGUAGCAGACAACUUAAAAGAUAAGGUACCCAAAACUAAAGGUAAUCGCACUGGGCCAAAAAGCAAAGACUUAAAACUUAGCUUUAUGGAAAAGCUAAAUUUAACUCUUUCUCCUAAUAAGAAACAAUGUGUCUCUGCAGUGGAUGGACUUAGAACACCUUCCCAAAAAGCCACGGAUGAGGGAGGUACAGAACUCACACUGCAAGCAGAACUCUUAGAUUCUGCCCACCUUGUAGACUGUGGUCCCACCCAGCACGGUCAUUCAACACUGCAAGUUCUGGACACUGCAGCUCAGAGCAACACUGAAUCAGCACUGCCUAUUUCUGUCAGUUCUGAGAAUGGAGCCUUGAAAAUAGCAGCAGCAGAUCCAGCACAGUCUGGAGCAUUGCCAGCAGCCACAGAUGAUGAACCAAGCUCAGAAACCUUACCAGAAGUAGAAGGGGGUCAGGUACUGCCCCAAGCCUUGCCAGAAGCAGCAGAGGUUCCUGAUGAGAUGGAGGCUGAAACACUAUCAGAAGUGGCAGAGGUUUGUGAUCUGGUUGAAUCAGAGGACUCAUUAAAAUCAGCAGCAAUGACAGGUCUGAACCACCCUGAAUCUUUGGCCCUGGAGGUGACAGGCAGUGUGGCAAAGUGUGAAGAGCUGCCUGUGACAGAGGGUGAGAUGCAGGAUGAUUAUGUACCUGCAGCAGAAGUGGCACAACCUGAACCUGCAAGUGGAAGUAUGGGAGAAGUUCCAGAGUCAGCAACAGAGGAGAAAGAGGAAAAUAAAAUACGGCUGGCUGCUGACACAGAAAGCUCCACAGAUCAGUGUGGCUCUCAAAAUGUUGUCUUGCAUGACUCAGAAGCUGGAAGUUCUGAUGACCUGAAGUCCUCUGAUACUGCAGAGGAUAUCAGUGAAACAAAAGCAGACUCUUUAAUCGAAGUUGUUAGGGAUAGUGAUCACCUGGCUGCAGAAAAAGUUGACUAUCCCAUUGAGGAAAAGAGUAUCUGUGAAGUUACUACAAGUACAUCUUGUUCACUGGAUAGAAGUAUGAUAAGUGAUAAGGAUGAACCAGUAGUUGACCAGAAUACCUGUGGUCUGGGGCCAGAUCUCACUGAUAACAGUACUGCAACAGCAUCUUCUCUCAGUGGCGAGACGUGUCCUGUAACUAAAGAGAGAGAAACGAACCCAUUUUCUGUUGAUGAUGACAGCUCAAUACUGAGCAUUGAUCUCAAUCACUUGAGGUAUAUUCCAAAGGCAAUCAGCCCACUGACCAGUCCAGUGCGUCCUUUGGCUAAAGCACUGAAGAUGGAAAGUCCCUGUAAAGGCCUUGUGAAGACUUACAACAAAGAUUUGAUUCCUGAAAGUACUGUUGUCAUCUGUCCCUCAAAGAACUUGGCAAAGGAAGUAAACAAAGAAAAUCAAAAACCAGUUAGCAUGUCUGAUGAACACUUGGAGAUCGAGUCUCGGCUAAGUAUCUCUUCAGAUGAAAUAGAAGAAGGCGAAAUCGUAAGUAGUGAUGAAGAGAAAGAAAAAUCUAAACCAGAGAGAGGCUCUGAAAAUACUAAAAAGGCAAGACCAAAAGCUUCUUCUGAGACGCGAAAUUUGUCCAGCAGCCCACAGAAUCAAAAUAGCAAAACUGUGCACAGCAAUGAAGAUAAUGGAAAAUUUGUUUCUGCACAAGUAAGUGCACAAAAGAACAGAGAGGGGUAUAAAAAUCAUACCUUCAGAUCUUCAAAGAACAUAAAGGAAAAGAAAACUGUGAGCAUUGCUUGUCUUGAAAAAAUAGUUCAUGUUAUUGUUGAACCUUCAAAUAUACAAGAAAUCAUGCAGAUGCUCAGAGCAAUACGAAAACAGAUGAGGAAAAGUUAUAUGAAGUUCAAAGUACACUUCCCAGUUCAGCAUUUUCACAGAAUUAUAGAAUCUGGGAUCAUAAAUUUUACAGCAUUAAUAAGAUACUUGAACUUUUCCAAGAUGUGUGCAUUAGGUGAUACAUUAAAACUUAAUAUCUGUGAUAUUAUAGAGUCAAAACUUAAACAAGUUAAAAAGAAUGCAAUAGUGGACCGUCUUUUUGACCAGCAAGUAUCAGAUAUGAAAAAACAGUUGUGGAAAUUUGUAGAUGAGCAGCUCGAUUACUUAUUUGAAAAUAUAAGAAGAAUUAUAAUUAAGCUAUGUGAUGUGGGAAAUGAGGCUGAGGAAGGGAAGUUCAAAAGGGCCGGAAAGCAAAACCACAGGAUCAGUCAUAAAAAUGAUGUGCAGAGAUCUAGAAGAAAGUCCCUGAAAGAUGGUUCUCAAAAGCCUGAAGAAUAUACUUCAAGGCAAACUGUGGAUUAUCAACAAUCUAAGUGUCACCAUGAGAAAAAUAAGACAGGAGCACCAAAAACUGCCUUUACAAAAUGUCUUAAUUCCAUUGAUAACACAGCAAAUUCCCAACCAAAAGUUCACCUGUCUAAAGAGAAUAAUUUACAAAACCCUCUUACUCCACUGAAGGGUGUUAAAUAUGACAAGGAAGGACUCCAGCAGUCCAGAGAUGCUAACAAAUCUGAUCUUAGUUACGAGCUUCUCACAGAACAACAAGCAUCCAGUCUUACAUUUAAUCUGGUAAGUGAUGCUCAAAUGGGUGAAAUUUUCAAAAGCUUAUUGCAAGGUUCUGAUCUCUUGGAAAAAAAUGGUGGCAAUAUCAACAGAAAUGAGUGUGAAUUCAGGACUCCAGAAAAACAGUUUUUAGAUAGUCAUAAAUGCAGGGAUAAUGCUGCUGUACUGGAGCAAGACAUCGCUCCAAAGGAGACAUGCACGGAUUGUAAACUGGAAGAGGAUAUUAGUUGGACUAUUGUUUCACCUGUAAGAGCUCCCUCAUUAGCAUCUAGGCCUCAGAUGCCUGUUGAUCCAGAUGUGCUGGAUGAGAGCUGUAUGUUUGAGGUUUCCACAAACUCAACUUUGUGCAAAGAAGAUGAAUGCAAUUUACAGAAGAAUAAAUCGUGUGUUUCUUCUAUCCUCCUCGAAGAUUUGGCUGUUUCCUUAACGAUUCCAUCACCUUUGAAAUCAGAUGCUCACCUCAGCUUCCUAAAACCUGAGAAUAAUUCUAGCUCAGCUCCAGAGGGUGUUGUUAGUGCACAUUACAGUGAAGAUGCACUUCUUGGAGAGGAGGAUGCCACUGAACAAGACAUUCAUUUGGCUUUGGAAUCUGAUAACUCUAGCAGUAAAUCAAGUUGUUCAUCAUCGUGGACAAGUCGGCCUGUUGCUCCAGGUUUUCAGUGUCGCCCCAGCCUACCAAUGCAAGCUGUAAUCAUGGAGAAAUCCAAUGAUCAUUUUAUUGUAAAGAUUCGGCGGGCAGUGCCAUCUGCCUCACCAGCAUCUGAUCAGACAGCUCCAGUGAAGGAGGCACAGUCGUCCUCAGCCAAGAUUGGAAAAGGAGAAAUGAGAACUGGGGGAAAAGAAAAGGACAGCCAGAGUGCCACUGUGAAAGAAACAGUCAAAGCAGAUUUGGUUAAGAUGGAUCCCUUGCCUCAUGUCAGCACUGAACAAGAACAAAAUCCUACCUUGGCUCAGGCUCUGAAGGAGUCACACGAAGGUGUUGGAAAGGAAGAAACUACUGGCUUGCUUGUAGCCUAUAGAAAAUCUCCAGACAAAGAUAGCCACAACACUGAAAGCCCAAAUAAAGGCUCUGAGCAGUCUGAGGCACAGAAGUUGCAAGUAUCUGAAAACAUAAAUGAAAUGCAUGUUACAUCUCAAGCUUCUUUUCCUGCUGGAUGCAGUGUGAAGUCAUGCAUAACAGAUGUUAUUGUUAGUGGAACUUCGUGUCAUGCAAUGGGAUCCAGAGUAUGUAACGGGACUCGGGAAACUUCAACAGGAAACUCAGAAGUCAGUGAUAAAAAGAAAGACCUGGAAAAGUGCUUUGAUCCUUCUAUAGACCUAACAGGAGAGUGUUCUAACAGGACCGUAGCCGGUGAAUGUGAUCUUGAAACAAAACCCAAUUCAAAUACUAAUGGAGCGUGUCAGAUAAGCAUAGAUGAUAAAACUAAUAGAAAGAGGAAAAAUGAUACUUUCAGAGAGAAUUCCAAUUCAAAAAGGCAACGAAAAGGAACUGAAUCAGCAGGUGAGAGGAGUGAUGAAAGUACUAUCAGAUUUGAGGAUAGAAAUUCAUCAUCCACGGAAUGUUCCAGUAAGAAGAAUGAGCUACAGCAGAAUCAAGACUCUUCUCCCUUGGCUUCAUCUCAGUCAUCACCUAGCCUCUAUGCCAAAAACAUCAUUAAAAAGAAGGGAGAAGUAGUAGUUUCCUGGACGAGAAAUGAUGACCGAGAAAUUCUACUGGAAUGUCAGAGAAAGGGACCAUCAAGCAAAACCUUUGUUACCUUGGCCACUAGGCUGAACAAAAGCCCAAAUCAGGUUUCAGAAAGAUUCAAGCAGUUAAUGAAGCUGUUCAAGAAAUCCAAGUGCAGGUGCUCUGUGAGCAGAGAUGGGCAAGAGUGGGAGUGGUGGCUCUUGUUUCACUUGUCAGAAGUUCUGCGUGUGGUGGUGUUGAACUGUGAUCUUAAAAAGCAAGAGUUCUUCGGAAUCCACUUGGUUGAUAAUCCUGGAAAAUGACAGGUAGGUCAGCUUGGUGACUGUAGAGCAUAUUUUAAGAAGUGAGGCCUUUUUCUUUUAAAAUAAGGCAGGGCAAUGAUAGCAAUGAUUCCAAAAGUUGCUUAUCUAGUAAUAGAAUUCUAUUGCUCAGGAAUAGAUGGAUCUUGUGGCUUGUUCUUAACAAACAUUUGUGACAAUUUACUUACUAGAGAUGUAAAUCUGACAGAAUCUGUUUCCAGAAUAGUCAGUGUGCAGAGUAGCGUAAAUGUUACUUUUUAUGAGCACUACUCUGCAAAGGCAGGCCAUUGUGUUUUUCUGUACCAAAUUACAUCUGGAAAAGGCACUUCAUUUAGGUCUUCAACAUAAUAAACGUUCUGUUUUAUUAAAAAAAAAAUGAGAAGUGAUUCUCUUUUAAAAUUUGAUUUAGAAACAGACCUUUACAGUUUCAUAAAAUGUGACUUUGUAGUUACUAACCAGAAGGAAAACUUCAUUAAAAACAGGGAGUUUUCAAAAGCUUGUCAACUUGGCAUAUUUUGACAGCAAUUGCUUCUAUCUUUACAAAUUGUUUAGUACAUUAGAAAUUCAUUAUAUUCUGUUUUUAAAAAUCUGUUAUAACUGUUUCCAGUUUUACUAGAACAUACCUAAAGUGUGUGUAUAUAUAUAUAUUUACACACACAUCUCAUGCAUACUGCUGUUUUAUCCCAAAUUUCUAAAAAGGUUCUGUUUUUUCUUCUCUCUGAGAAACAUCCCUGGAAGUUGCAAGGGUUUUUGGUUAAUGAAUUAAUUGAUUUUUUGAGGUUCUAUUCUCUAUAGAGGAUCAGAAUUGCUGUAGUCUUUAUUCAGUCAGAGCAUCUGCUGAGUUCAGUUAGGCUUAAUUUAAUAGCCUUCACCUAAGUGCAUUGCCUUUCAGCUUGGAUUAAAUUGGCUCUUUUUCAGAGUCCAGUGACCAUUUCUUCAAUGUCAGUAUGUUUUUUGUUCCCUCUCCAACUAAGGGGACAGAUUUCUCUUUCUAAUAAACCAUCAGAUAAUUUGUCAGCAAUGUUGUCACUGACCCCUUUAGAAUAUUGUACAUGUGAACCUAUGGGAUGGAUUGUCCUGCUGCCAAAAAGUGCAUUGUCCUUGUUUUAGGCAGUGCUUUGGGAACUGUUAAAAGGAACAACUUGAGUGGGUGAUGAUAUCAAUUCUGGCAGUCUUCCAUCUUUUGUGCUUGCUUCUGAAAUGUUUGCUUUUAAUGAUCAAACCUCACCUUCCGUGUUAUGCUGGAAGUGCCUGGUAAUUUCAGUGGGGGAUUGGCGCACCAAGCCGUGCUUGUUCCUAACAAACAUUUGUGACAAUUGUUAAUUUGUUGGAGAUUUAAAUCUAACUGAAACUGUUUUCAGAAUAGUCAGUUUGCAGAGAAGUGUUCAUGUGUGUGGAAAAAGCAGACUCUCCUAAGGGUAUUCUUUUAACCAUAUCCUUAUAGAUCAACAUGUGCACAGUACUGAAGGCACUGAGGGAAGUCACUUCUCUCCACUUAAGUGCUUCCUCUCUGUGUCAAAAAAGGAAGGCAGUAUUUUAUUACAAAGUUGUUUAUUCCUUAUCUGUGUUUACGUAUUUUUCAUAUCUGUACAGGUGACGGGGGCAGGGGUUUGACUGUUUUGAAUCUGACUUGGUUUCCUUUUUUGUAAAGUGUGAAACUUGGUUAAUGUUCUCUCUAUUGUAUCUAUGUGUACAGGUUCCUAUGUGGUCAUGUAAAAUAUCUGAUGUUUGUAUAUAUAUAAAUAUAUGUAUAAAAAUAGAAAGCUUUGUUUAGCCAAAGAUGAUUUUUCUAACUAUAUAAAACCACAGGUUUAUUUUGUAUAAACUAAAUAGUUUGCUUACUGUAAGAGCAAUACAAAAAAUAAAACUGUAAAACUCACACACAUGUUCUUGUUGAACAGUAGUUGGCUUGGAGUGGUUUUGUACCAUUGUUUGUAAUUUGUUUCUCCAACAAGAAUUUUGAUACAUAUAUGCCAAAUGUACUGUAUGUAAUUCUACGGUCUUCUUUGUGAAACCUCAGGUAAAUCAAAAUAUUUUUUCGAACUGUUGGUUAAUGGCUUGACAACAACACAUGAUGUGAAGCGCCAUUAAAAUUUUCUUCUCUUAGUUUGUAUAAAUGAGUAACUGUUGAUGUUCUGGCCAAUAAACAUGGAAGUUGUCGGCUGUUUUAA